CCUUUUGGAGACCUACAGACAUUUCCGUCUUACCUAAAAGCUGUAUGUGUUUGUGGAACAACAAAAUAAAACCCACAUCCAGUCUUUUGAUUCAAAUCGGCAACUGUUUAGAACUGACUCCAUCAUGGUCUGUCUAUCUGAUUUAUCAUGGAGCAGGGAAGUUUUGUGGGAAAGAGAGAGUGAAACUGAUAUUAGAAGUCAAGUCUAGUCCACGAAAACCUCGUAGGAGACCCAGAAGCAGUCCUGAUCGAAGUUCAGCUGCACAUUCAGACUCUUCAUCAGUGUGUUCCCCCCUGAGCAAAUCUGAAACCAUGUCCAUGGAAAAGGUAAAGAAGAAGGAAAUUAAAAGUGGGGAAAAGAGACGAGGAAGACCUCCAGCACUUAGUAGUGUGAGGUUCAAGUUAUCACAAGUAAAGGAUACAUCAGAUAUUCAUAAGGGGAGCAAAGAAGCAAAAGAGAAUCUGAAGAAGAUAAAAAGGGCACCGUCCACUGCAUUUCAGCAUGCUGCAAAAAUCAAGAAGUUACGAACUGGUAAACUCUCCCCACUGAAGUCUAAAUUCAAAACUGGGGGGAAACUUCAGAUUGGGAGGAAAGCGGUUCAGAUUGUGCGCAGGAGAGGAAGGCCACCGUCUUCGGAACGUUUAAAGGCUGCCUCACCACUGGUCAUUAAUUCACAGCUGGAGAAACACCAGAGGGUAUGCAAGGAGAAAGAUGGCACACUGCCACUCACAAAAGAAGAAAAGACCGCUGUCAGACAGAGCCCCCGGAGGAUUAAGCCUGUUAGGAUUAUUCCUUCCACCAAGAGAACAGAUGCAACAAUUGCUAAGCAACUCUUGCAGAGGGCUAAAAAGGGGGCACAAAAGAAGAUUGAGAAAGAAGCAGCUAAACUGCAGGGCAGAAAGGGAAGAACUCAGCUCAAAAACAUCCGGCAGUUCAUCAUGCCAGUUGUGAGUGCUAUCUCUUCGCGGAUCAUUAAAACACCCAAGCGAUUCAUUGAAGAUGAAGACUAUGAUCCUCCUAUUAAAAUAGCUCGCCUAGAGUCCACACCAAACAGCAGGUUUAGUGCUACAUCCUGUGGGUCCAGUGAAAAAUCAAGUGCAGCUUCUCAGCACUCAUCUCAGAUGUCUUCAGAUUCCUCACGAUCUAGUAGUCCUAGUGUAGAUACAUCUACUGACUCUCAGGCGUCCGAGGAGAUGCAGGCACUUUCCGAAGAGCGCAGCAAUACUCCAGAAGUUCAUACUCCUUUGCCUGUUUCUCAAUCCCCUGAAAAUGAUAACGAUGAUAAGAGAAGCAGGAGGUUUUCAAUGUCAGAAAGGAGUUUCGGGCAAAGGGCAGCUAAAAAACUGUCAACCUUGCAAAGUGUGUCCCAGCAGCAGUCCUCUUCCUCUCCUCCUCCACCUCUGCUCACUCCUCCCCCACCGUUACAGCCUGCUACUGGCAUCUCAGACCACACACCGUGGCUUAUGCCUCCAACAAUACCGUUGGCUUCACCUUUUCUGCCCACCUCUGCUGCACCCAUGCAGGAGAAACGGAAAUCAAUUCUACGAGAACCAACAUUCAGGUGGACCUCUCUGAAGCAUUCUAGGUCAGAACCACAGUACUUUUCCUCAGCAAAGUAUGCCAAAGAAGGUCUCAUCCGUAAACCAGUGUUUGAUAACUUUAGACCCCCACCACUGACUCCAGAGGAUGUUGGCUUUGCAUCUGGUUUUUCAACAUCUGGUGCUACGGCUCCAGCGCGCUUGUUUUCUGCUCUUCAUUCUGGAACAAGAUUUGAUAUGCACAAAAGAAGUCCUCUGCUUCGAGCUCCAAGAUUCACUCCAAGUGAGGCCCACUCCAGAAUAUUUGAAUCUGUAACCUUGCCUUCUUCUGUUAGUCGAACCACUGCAGGAACUUCUGUGACAGGCAUAUCUUCUAGGAAACGAAAGAGAAGAGUGUUUAGCCCGAUCCGAUCAGAACCCAGAUCUCCUUCGCACUCUAUGAGGACAAGAAGUGGAAGACUUAGUACCUCUGACCUGACAACUCUCACCCCUCAAUCUUCUGUCUCUUCCUCACUAACUAGCAUGUCUGUUAGUUCUCUUGCCACUAGUGCCUUAAACUCAACUUUUACAUUUUCUUCCCAUCCCCUGACGCAGUCUGGGGAAUCAGCAGAGAGAAGCCAGAGACCAAGGAAGCAAAUCAGCACUCCAGCUGAGCCUUUCUCAUCCACUAAUCCUACUCCUCUGUUUCCCUGGUUCACACCAAGUCCCCAGACAGAAAGAGGGAGAAAUAAAGACAGGGCUACUGAGGAACUGUCCAAAGAUAAAGACAUUGACAAAAGUAUGGAAAAGGACAAGAGCAGAGAGAGAGACCGAGAGAGAGAAAAAGAGAACAAACGUGAAUCAAGAAAAGAGAAAAGGAAAAAAGGGUUAGAAAUUCAGAGUAGCUCUGCUUUGUUUCCUGUAGGUAGAGUAUCCAAAGAAAAAGUUGUUAAUGAAGAUGUUGCAGCAGCAUCUUCAGCUAAAAAAGCUGCUGGGCGGAAGAAGUCUACAGCAAUAGAUCCUGUAGCAGAUGCUUCCUCUGUGGCUCUUGUAGAUAUGACAGCUGGCAAAACCAAAAUGCCUAAGAAAGGUAGAGGGGGCUUAGAAAAAUCAGAUCUAGACCUAAGCCCCACUGUUCUGCCCCUGGAGAAAGACAAAACUCUACGCCUCUCUGCUCCUUCGUCAAGCACUGUUAAACAUUCCACUUCCUCCAUCAGCUCUAUGUUGGCUCAAGCAGACAAACUUCCAAUGACUGAUAAGAGGGUGGCCAGUCUCCUAAAAAAGGCUAAAGCCCAGCUGUACAAGAUUGAAAAGAGCAAAUCCCUCAAGCAAGCAGAUCAGCCAAAAGCACAGGGUCAAGAGAGUGAUUCAUCAGAGACUUCAGUGCGAGGACCACGAAUAAAACAUGUCUGCAGGAGGGCGGCUGUAGCACUAGGCCGUAAGCGGGCAGUGUUUCCUGAUGACAUGCCUACUCUGAGUGCCUUACCAUGGGAAGAACGAGAGAAGAUAUUGUCUUCCAUGGGAAAUGAUGAUAAGUCAUCAAUAGCUGGCUCAGAAGAGGCUGAACCCCUUGCUCCACCUAUCAAACCAAUUAAGCCAGUUACCAGAAACAAGGCACCCCAAGAGCCUCCGGUGAAGAAAGGUCGGCGCUCACGGCGCUGUGGGCAGUGCUCAGGCUGCCAGGUUCCAGAGGACUGUGGUGUCUGUACUAACUGUCUAGACAAACCGAAGUUUGGUGGGCGCAACAUAAAGAAACAGUGCUGCAAGAUGAGGAAAUGCCAGAAUCUGCAAUGGAUGCCUUCAAAAGCUUAUCUCCAGAAGCAAGCUAAAGUUGUGAAAAAGAAAGAGAAGAAAUCCAAGACCAAUGAAAAGAAAGAGAGCCAUUCUGGGAAGAACCAAGUGGAUUCUGGACAGAAGCCAGCUCCUCAGACUGUUUUAGCAAAAGAAGAUAAUGCCUUGAAGAAGAGCAGUGAACCUGCCCGAAAGCCAAGUGAGGAGAAGAAUGAAGAGGGAAAUACCUCUGUCCCAGUGUUGGAAUCCAAACAGGUCACUGCUUCUGGUGCCAGAAAAAUUGGUAAACAGGCACCCCAGCCAUUGCAAGUUCCCCUUUGUCAGCUGCCUAGCUCAGGACCACUGAAAAAAGAAGUACCUAAAACCAUCCCUAGUGAGCCCAAGAAAAAACAGACACCCCAACCAGAAUUAGGCAUAGAGCAAAGCAAACAGAAGAAAGUUACUCCCCGUCCAAGUUUCCCUGUGAAACAGAAACCAAAAGAAAAGGAAAAACCUCCUCCAAUCAACAAGCCAGAGAACAGCACGCUGAAUUUGCUCAGUACUCUGUCAAAUGGAAGCAGUUCCAAGCAAAAGGCACCUACAGAUGGAGUCCACAGGAUCAGAGUGGACUUCAAGGAGGACUGUGAAGUAGAGAACGUUUGGGAGAUGGGUGGGCUAGGCAUUCUAACCUCAGUACCUAUCACUCCCAGAGUGGUCUGCUUUCUCUGUGCCAGCAGUGGACAUGUGGAGUUCGUAUAUUGUCAGGUCUGUUGUGAGCCCUUCCACAAGUUCUGUUUAGAAGAGAGUGAGCGCCCUCUGGAGGACCAGUUGGAAAACUGGUGCUGUCGUCGUUGCAAGUUUUGUCAUGUAUGUGGGAGACAGCACCAGGCAACAAAGUUGUUGGAGUGUAAUAAGUGCCGAAACAGCUAUCACCCUGAGUGCCUGGGACCAAACUACCCAACAAAACCCACCAAGAAAAAGAAAGUUUGGAUCUGUACCAAAUGUGUUCGCUGCAAGAGCUGUGGUUCAACAACUCCAGGCAAAGGAUGGGAUGCACAGUGGUCUCAUGACUUCUCACUGUGUCAUGACUGUGCCAAACUCUUUGCUAAAGGAAACUUCUGCCCACUCUGUGACAAGUGCUAUGAUGACGAUGACUACGAGAGUAAGAUGAUGCAGUGUGGGAAGUGUGAUCGCUGGGUCCACUCCAAAUGUGAAAAUCUUUCAGAUGAGAUGUAUGAAAUCCUCUCUAACCUUCCUGAGAGCGUGGCAUACACUUGCAUUAACUGCACAGAGCAGCACCCUGCCGAAUGGCGGCUGGCACUGGAAAAGGAGCUGCAAGUUUCUUUGAAGCAGGUUUUAACAGCCUUGUUAAAUUCCAGGACUACCAGUCAUUUACUACGUUACAGACAGGCAGCCAAACCACCGGAUUUAAAUCCUGAGACAGAAGAGAGUAUCCCAUCCAGAAGUUCUCCUGAAGGUCCAGAUCCUCCUGUUCUAACAGAGGUCAGCAAGCAAGAGGAGCAGCAGCCUCUGGACCUGGAAGGAGUGAAAAGAAAAAUGGAUCAGGGAGGUUACACUUCUGUGUUGGAAUUUAGUGACGAUAUUGUGAAGAUUAUUCAAGCAGCCAUUAAUUCAGAUGGAGGGCAACCAGAAGUUAAAAAAGCUAAUAGCAUGGUCAAGUCCUUCUUUAUUCGGCAAAUGGAGCGUGUUUUUCCAUGGUUCAGUGUAAAAAAAUCCAGGUUUUGGGAGCCAAAUAAAGUAACAAGCAACAGUGGGAUGUUGCCGAAUGCAGUGCUGCCUCCUUCACUUGACCAUAAUUAUGCUCAGUGGCAGGAGCGUGAAGAGAGUAACCACACUGAACAACCCCCUUUGAUGAAGAAAAUCAUUCCAGCUCCAAAACCCAAAGGGCCUGGAGAACCAGAUUCACCAACUCCGCUGCAUCCCCCAACACCACCUAUCUCUAGCUCUGAUAGAAGCCGGGAGGAUAGCCCUGAACUUAAUCCACCUCCUGAUGUGGAAGACAAUAGGCAGUGUGCACUCUGUCUGAAAUACGGUGAUGAUAGUGCUAACGAUGCAGGACGUCUCCUGUACAUUGGCCAGAAUGAAUGGACACAUGUAAACUGUGCUUUAUGGUCAGCAGAAGUGUUUGAGGAUGAUGAUGGGUCUCUGAAAAAUGUACACAUGGCUGUGAUCAGAGGGAAGCAGUUGAGAUGCGAGUUCUGCCAAAAGUCAGGCGCCACAGUAGGCUGCUGCCUUACUUCCUGCACUAGCAACUAUCACUUCAUGUGCUCCCGAGCCAAGAACUGUGUCUUUCUGGAUGAUAAGAAAGUGUACUGCCAGCGGCAUCGUGACUUGAUCAAAGGAGAGGUGGUACCGGAGAAUGGGUUUGAAGUUCUUAGAAGAGUUUUUGUGGACUUUGAAGGGAUCAGUUUGAGAAGAAAAUUUCUUAGUGGGCUGGAGUCAGAAAACAUCCACAUGAUGAUUGGUUCAAUGACUAUAGACUGCUUAGGAAUUCUGAAUGAUCUGUCAGACUGUGAAGACAAGCUGUUCCCCAUUGGUUAUCAGUGUUCCAGGGUGUACUGGAGCACAACAGAUGCUCGGAAGCGCUGUGUGUAUACUUGUAAGAUCAUGGAAUGUCGACCUCCUAUCAUAGAGCCAGAUAUCAAUAGCACUGUAGAGCAUGAUGAGAACAGAACAAUUGCUCAUAGUCCAGCACCCCCAACAGCAGAAACCCUAUCCAAGGAGAGUCGAAAUACACCAGAAAUGGCAAACCCUCCAUCUCCAGAUCGUCCUCUGCGUUCUCAGACCUCCAGUUCCUGUUACUAUCCUCUGAUCUCAAAAGGUCCCAGGAUCAGGACACCAAUCUUUCCCCUAACACAGCGGUCUCCUGGGUCUAGGCCUUUGCCCUCUGCAGGAAGUCCUACGCCAAUGACCCAUGAAAUAGUAACAGUGGGAGAUCCUUUAUUAUCAUCUGGACUUAGAAGCAUUGGCUCUAGGAGACACAGUACCUCCUCUUUGUCACAGCAGUCAAAACUCCGAAUGAUUUUUCCCACCAGAGUUGGGAACACUUACUCCAGACACACUGUGCCUGGAGUAUCUAGUAUUGGAUCCUCUUCAGAGCAUGAAUCAAGCUCAAAAAAUAUAGACAACUUCAAAGGGUCAGUGAAUUUAAGUGCUCCAAGUGCUUUAGCUCAAAAUAGCCCUAACUCUUCAAGCUCUCCAAGAACGGUAGCUACAAGUGGAAGUAAAAUUUAUCAUUUGGGUGGAUCUCAGUCUUCAGAAGUAAAACACUCUACCAGUUCAGAGUUGACCUCCAAAAUCACAUCUUCAAAGGGAGAGAAGACAAAAUUGUUGAGCUCAAAGGACUCAGAUUCUUCAGCUCAUAGCUUGGCUUCAUCUGGGAAUCUUAAAAUGUCCACCCAAGUGCUCAGUGCAUCAGGCAUAGAAUUAAACAUUAAUAAAAAGGGAACUUUUCAAGAACCUUCUUCUGCAACACUUUCUUCCAGAGAGACAAUGCUCUUUCCAUCUUUCCAUCAGAGAGGCCCAAGGAAAGAGAGGGACCUACAUAUGGACCUCAUACAACCAGAAAAAAUCCCUUCUGUUGAAGACAUAGAUGGAAAGAACUUUAAGCCUACUGGAAUAAGUAGCAGAUCUUCUGCAGCAAGUGACCAUGUGGUUUCUGCUUGCAGAGACAGGCGACAGAAAGGAAAAAAGUUAACAAAAGACACUUUCAAAGAGAAACAUUCUGUAAAAACUUUUACAGACUCGAGUCAAUUGACAGCCUGUGAUGAAGGAAGCUUAAAACCAGAAUUCAUCAGUCAGGUUUUGGCAACUGAACAGAUUAGUCAGAGUUUGUGUAGUAAUGUUUCUGCUGAGAAAACGGGGGAUAAGUCUCCACCUACACAAGGGGCAUCUAAAGCUCCACUGGUGCAAGUUGAAGUGGCCUCAAAAGAAGCACAGGCUCCUAGAAAACGCACAGUUAAAGUAACCCUGACUCCUCUCAAGAUGGAAAGUGAAAGCCAAUCGAAAAAUGCACAGAAAGAAAGUGAUGCCGAAUCGCAGAGUAAGGGUGCAGAACCAACUGCUUUGAUAGAGCUGUCUUCAACUUCUGAAAGCCAAGGAGAUGGUUCUGUUGUCCAGGGUAGUCCAAGUGAUACCCCUACCCAGGAAUCUCAAAAUAAUUCUUAUCCGAAUCUGCCUGUUGAAGACAGAAACUUGAUGCUUCAAGAUGGAACUAAAGCGCAGGAAGAUGGUUCCUACAAGCGGAGGUAUCCCCGGCGAAGUGCUCGGGCAAGAUCUAACAUGUUCUUUGGAUUAACUCCUUUGUAUGGUGUGAGAUCUUAUGGAGAGGAAGACAUUCCAUUUUACAGCAACUCCACUGGGAAGAAGCGAGGAAAGAGGUCUGCAGAAGGACAAGUAGAUGGUGCAGAUGACUUAAGUACUUCAGAUGAAGAUGACUUGUACUACUACAAUUUCACCAGGACAGUGGUUUCCUCAAGUGCAGAAGACAGGCUUGGAUCCCAUAAUUUAUUCAAGGAGGAAGAGCAGUGCAAUCUUCCCAAAAUUUCCCAAUUAGAUGGUGUGGAUGAUGGAACAGAAAGUGAUACAAGUGUUACAGCAACAACAAGAAAAGUAAAUCAGGUAACCAAAAGAAGUGGCAAAGAAAAUGGGACUGAAAACUUAAAGCUUGAUCGAGCUGAAGAAGCUGGAGAGAAAGUACAGGUCACCAAGAGCUCUACUGGCCAUAAGACUGACCCAAAGAUUGAUAAUUGCCAUUCUGUAAGCAGGGUUAAAACACAGGGUCAGGAUUCCUUGGAAGCUCAGCUGAGUUCCUUGGACACAGGCCGUAGAGCUCAUGCUAGCACGCCCUCAGAUAAGAACUUACUGGAUACUUUUAACACAGAACUGCUAAAAUCAGACUCUGACAAUAACAAUAGCGAUGACUGUGGAAACAUUCUCCCUUCAGACAUCAUGGACUUUGUACUAAAGAAUACACCAUCGAUGCAGGCUUUAGGAGAAAGCCCAGAGUCCUCUUCAUCUGAACUUCUAACGCUUGGGGAAGGGCUAGGUCUUGAUAGUAAUCGUGGCAAGGACAUGGGUUUGUUUGAAGUGUUUUCUCAACAGCUGCCAACUGCUGAACCAGUGGAUAGUAGUGUUUCUUCCUCUAUAUCAGCAGAGGAGCAGUUUGAGUUGCCUUUAGAACUUCCAUCAGAUCUCUCCGUUCUAACUACUCGUAGUCCUGCUGUGCCCAGCCAAAACCGCAACAGGCUUGCUGUAAUUUCAGAGUCUUCACUCUCAUCUUCAGGAGAGAGGUCUAUACUGGCUUUACCUUCCACAGAAUCUGGAGAGAAGAGAGUUACAGUCACAGAAAAAUCUGCCUCUGGUGAAGGGGAUGCAACUCUUUUAAGCCCAGGGGUGGACCCAAGCCCUGAAGGACAUAUGACUCCUGAGCAUUUCAUCCAGGGUCACAUAGAUGCAGAGCACAUAGCCAGCCCACCUUGCGCCUCAGUAGAGCCAGGACAUGGCAGCAACCAGGAUUUAACUAGGAACAGUGGUACCCCUGGACUCCAAGUGCCAGUAUCGCCUACUGUUCCUCUUCAAAACCAAAAAUAUGUUCCAAACUCCACUGACAGUCCUGGUCCAUCUCAGAUUUCUAAUGCUGCAGUACAGACAACCCCGCCCCACCUAAAACCAGCCACUGAAAAACUUCUGGUAGUCAAUCAGAAUAUGCAGCCUCUCUAUGUCCUCCAGACUCUUCCCAAUGGUGUUACACAAAAAAUACAGCUGACUCCUUCUGGUAGUUCUGCACAGAGCGUAAUGGAGACCAGUACUUCAGUACUAGGGCCCAUGGGAAGUGCACUUACAUUGACUACGGAAUUGAACCCAAGCCUGCCAUCAUCUCAGUCUUUAUUCCCCCCCACUAGCAAAGGACUGUUGCCUAUGUCCCAUCACCAGCAUUUGCAUACCUUUCCCACAGCUACUCAGAGUGGUUUCCCACCAAAUAUUGGCAGUCCUGCAUCAGGUCUCCUUAUUGGUGUACAACCACCUCCUGAUCCUCAGCUUUUAGUAUCUGAAGCAAGCCAGAGGACAGACCUUGGCACUACAGUUACCACUCCAACCUCUGGCCUUGUGAAGAAACGGCCAAUAUCCCGACUGCAGUCACGGAAGAAUAAAAAGCUAGCUCCGUCUGCAGCCCCUUCUGCCAUAGCUCCUUCAGAUAUGGUUUCCAACAUGACUUUGAUUAAUUUUGCUCCCUCCCAACUUUCCAACAGCCCAUUAGAUUUGGGGACCCUUGGGAAUUCGACAUCCCAUAGAACUGUUCCCAAUAUUAUUAAAAGGUCUAAGUCUGGAGUCGUGUAUUUUGAACAAGCGUCUUUGCUGCCCCAAGGCGUGGGAGCAGCCCCUGCUGCAGCAGUUGGCACUUCACCCAGCAUUAUUGGACCAGAUGCUGGCCACCUCACAACAGGGCCAGUGUCAGGACUAGCAUCAAAUUCAUCAAUGCUGAAUGUAGUAUCCAUGCAGGCCACAGCAGCACCUAGCACUGGUGGGUCAGUACCUGGCCAUGUUUUGGGACAGGGUUCUGUAACAUUAACUAGCCCUGGAUUGUUGGGAGACCUUGGCUCAAUAAGCAAUCUCUUGAUCAAAGCCAGUCAGCAAAGCCUUGGUCUUCAAGAACAGCACAUGACUUUGCCACCAGGUUCUGGGAUGUUUUCACAACUAGGGACAUCGCAAACUCCAGCUACAGCAGCAAUGACAGCUGCAUCAAGCAUAUGUGUAUUGCCUUCAGCACAGACUAUGGGCAUGACAGUUGCUCAUUCAUCCACUGACCCAGAAGGUCCUUAUCAGCUUCAGCAUAUGACACAACUUUUAGCCAUCAAAAAUGCUUCUUCCCAGCUGGACCUUGCCACUGCUUCAGCACCUCAGCUGUCAAGCUUUCCUCAGCUAGUGGACAUUCCUAACAACACAGGACUUGAGCAAAGCAAGGUUUCCUCAACUGUAAUGCAUGCCAGUUCAGCUUCGCCUGGAGGCUCCCCGUCAUCUGGCCAACAGUCUGCAAGUAGCUCAGUGCUUGGUCCCACAAAAAUGAAGCCAAAAAUUAAACGAAUUCAAUCGCCUUUAGACAAAGGGAAUGGAAAGAAGCAUAAAACUUCUCACAUGUGGACCAGUCCCCCUGAAGUACACAUUCCAGACAGAGGGGCCAAUGCUGUAUCCGAGGUCUCAGCUGCAGGGACUCCCGCAAUGAAGGCAGACAUUUAUGAUACAAGUAUAGAUCAGCUACCACAAAAGCCAUCUGGGCAGCCUGCAGGGCAAAUGGCAGUUCUUACAGAGCCACAGUCAGUGCAGAACACAGCAAAUGAGCAAGAAAAUACAGGAUCCAAAGCUCCUGAGGAGGAGGAAGGCACUUUCAGCUCCCCACUCAUGUGUUGGCUGCAGCAAGAACAGAAGAGGAAAGAAAGCCUUGGUGAGAAGAAGCCAAAGAAAGGACUAGUGUUCGAGAUCUCAAGUGAUGAUGGGUUUCAGAUCUGUGCAGAAAGUAUUGAAGAUGCCUGGAAAUCACUGACUGAUAAAGUUCAAGAAGCUCGUUCCAAUGCCCGUCUGAAGCAGCUAUCAUUUGCAGGUGUGAAUGGUUUGAGGAUGCUGGGGAUUCUCCAUGAUGCUGUUGUGUUCCUGAUUGAGCAGCUUUAUGGAGCGAAGCAUUGCCACAAUUACAAAUUUAGGUUCCACAAACCAGAGGAGACCAAUGAUCCCCCGCUGAAUCCACAUGGCUCUGCUCGGGCUGAAGUCCACCUCAGGAAGUCAGCAUUUGAUAUGUUCAAUUUCCUGGCUUCUAAACAUCGACAGCCACCAGAAUACAACCCCAAUGAUGAGGAAGAGGAGGAAGUGCAGCUGAAGUCUGCUCGGAGGGCAACUAGUAUGGAUCUGCCAAUGCCCAUGCGAUUCCGACACUUGAAGAAGACCUCCAAGGAGGCAGUUGGUGUCUACAGGUCUCCCAUCCAUGGCCGGGGCCUAUUCUGCAGAAGGAACAUAGAUGCAGGUGAGAUGGUGAUUGAAUAUUCAGGCAAUGUCAUUCGCUCCAUCCUCACUGACAAACGAGAGAAGUACUAUGACAGCAAGGGGAUUGGCUGCUACAUGUUCCGCAUUGAUGACUCUGAAGUGGUAGAUGCCACUAUGCAUGGAAAUGCAGCCCGCUUCAUCAACCACUCAUGUGAGCCCAACUGUUACUCCCGUGUAAUCAACAUUGAUGGCCAGAAACACAUCGUCAUCUUCGCCAUGCGCAAAAUCUACCGUGGGGAGGAGCUCACUUAUGACUACAAAUUCCCCAUUGAAGACGCCAGCAACAAACUGCCUUGUAACUGUGGCGCCAAGAAGUGCAGGAAAUUCUUAAACUAAAACUUUUAUGAGCUGUGAGUGAGCCCUGAAUGGCCUGGGGCAAACCAAAGUUACAAUGCAUUUCCUUCCCGCCAUUGGGGAGGAAGAGGGGAUGACAGAGACAGAAAUGAAGAUUGACUGGGGCUCAGGGACGUAAGUGAUGGCUGCGCUUCUCCGUCGGAGUCCACAUCUUCAUGUCUCACAUGCGCACACUUAUCCUUGUGAAAGACACGGACGAUCAGAGAAGAUCCUCAAUAUGAUUGUUAUACUUUUUCCACUGCCCCCCCCCCCUUUUUUUCUCCCUCUCCAGUAUUUGUCUGUCAUUGUGGGAUAGUGAGCGGGAGAGGGGAAGGGUGGAUGGAUGAGGCAAAACAGACCAAAACCCAUAUAUGGGUCGAUGCCUCAGAUUUUGUCCUCCUUUGUUGUUUCUGGUCUGUCAGGACUCCGUGACCAGCUUUGCCAGGAAUGGCAAUGUGGGGUUUUCACUUUCCUUCGCUUGCGGUGUCAUAACUUAAAAAAGCCCAGUACUUGACUGAGCUUUUCUUCAGGAGAGAGACUGUAUCCCAUCAGCCAGCUCAGUGAAGGACGUUCUGAGUGUCUGGUUCCUUCCACCAUGCAUUUCCAAAACACUAUUUGUGAGCAGGCUGGGUCUUCUCAAAUUUCUUAGAGCAGCCGUAGGUGGCCCAGUGCAUUUCUCUU